GCACAAUCGUACCACUGCAGGAGCAGUGACGUCACCAGUUUGAAGUAGAUUGAGGCAAGCCCGGACACACUCCUGCAGACACUCAAACACAUACACGAUCGUUAGAGAGAGCGAUGCGAUCAGUGAAGCCCCGACCCAAACAACCGGCCGGCCGGACAAACUGACGAGCCGUGGACGGUUGAGUAUUGGCGGACACAUACACCCACACCGGGCCGGGGACAGUGGGCACGCGCUUUGUAGCUCGUUUUUUUCAGCUGUUCUUGUUCGUCAAAACAGACAUCAUCCUCAUCACCUGUCCGCGCAAUCUGUCACGUAGGGUUUUUUGUUUUAAUCGCUGCGGACUUCGGGACAUGACAAUGAGUCUGGAGGACGAGCUGACAACUGCAGCGGUGAAUGGAAACUCGGCGGAGGUGGAGGAUCUACUCCGGAGAGGAGCUCAAGUUAACGGGCUCAACCGUUUCGGACGCACCGCUCUGCAGGUCAGUGACCAGUUGAGGGCCAUGGCAGCCAAAACUCAAAACUAAAUACACCUAAAUUCAUGGACUUAAUAUAAAACAUUUACAGCCUUAAGUGUUAACAGAGAUAAUAUGUAAAAUACAGGAAUGAAGGCGUCAGUGUUGUGUGUGUGUCAGGGAUCAUAAUGAGGUUAUAAAACUAUGCAGCCUAUCUACAGAAGCUUCAAUAAAGAUAAUUAUAACUUUCAUUUAAAUCUAUUAUGCUCGUUCAAUCGAAACUAAAAGUUUGUGUGGAUUAGUUAAAAAAAACAAUAGGUUAUUAAACGGUGUUUCUUUGCUGUCUUUGUUUUUAGUGAGUUUACAUAUUUAUAGACUAAUACACGUGAAAUAUUGACCAAGAAAACUGCUGCAUUUGAUGGUAAUAGUGUCUUAACAUUUCUAAUAAAAAUGUAACACAUUUAUUGAAUUUGGUUUAGAUCCAUCUCAAUUUUUUGCAGCAACAAACACAUGAGUUAAAAUUGUAGAAAAAAAACUUUACUGUUAACUUCAUAUACAGCACAGAGUCUAUACCCUUAAACUAUCAAUAAUGUUUAUUUUGGUUCACAUCUUUAUUUCCAACCUGCAGAGACAAAGGGCCUUCAUUUCUGCUCAGCCCAAAACACAACACUCUCUUCGUGCCAGUUAAUGUUAUGCAAAAUUUCUUUAUCUGAACAGAAAACGAAACAUAAUAUAUCAUGAGAAUACCUCAACAGGUGUGUCGAAGAAUGCAUCCCUGCAUCCAAUCCACUCACUAGCGUCUUAAAGUGGAAGAAAAUGAUCUCAUAUAAAAAAAAAAACACGAGUGUUGGAUCAUGACAACUUGUCAAAUGGAGCAGCAAACUUUCGUUGUGUUUUUAUGUGUCUCAAAAAUGCACAUACAGAGGUGUACUUGGGUGUAUAAACUGUACAGUACAGAACAUUAUAUUUUCGGGACAGCAAAUAUUCUAUAUCAGAGGGCUAUUGUUUUCGUCUUAACUGAAUAGCCUAAAUAAAAUCGUUAAAGGCACACGCUUUUGAAGGAUGUGUAGUAAAGGUAGGCUAUAUAUAAAUGCAUUCAGAGCCCCAUCUGUCCACUUAAAAAUUAAGAUUAGGUAACUUGUGCUUGAUAUCUUAACACAGUGGUUCUCAACUGGUCUCACUCUGGGACCCACAUUUUCCCAUGGUCCUUAAGUCGUGACCCACUUUUAUAGAAUUCAAACCAGGCAAAUUAUAUUUUUUUAUUUAAAAAAAAACCUUUAAAGACUCUUAUCUUUAACAUAAAUUCACUUGUUUUAUUGAGUAAAGUGCAUUUCAGAGCACAUGAAGGGGACAACACGAGGACGGCAACUACUGAAGUUCCGUGUACAGAAAACAUCAAACAUCCAAUUAAAAUCGCAUUAAAUAUUUACGUUUUUGACCAGCUGUUCGUGACCCAUCCAGAACGUGUCCACGACCCACUUUUGGGUCGGGGCCCACCAGUUGAGAACUACUGUCUUAACAUGUUUAUUAUUUCUAUACCUAUUUAUUUAGCUUAUAUUAACCUACGUGUUUUGUGGUGUAAUUAUGCUUUAAAAUAAUCACAGUAAGGUUGGAGUCAUUGUCGUCUCGGUGUGAUAUAUGUUGAACCCUGUUGCUUUCUAUCGUUAAUCUGGUUUUAUGAGGUUGUAAGUCACUGUCAUGUUGUUGUGAAGGUGAUGAUGAUGGGCAGCACACCGGUGGCUCGGCUCUUAUUGACGCACGGUGCCAACCCCAACGUGGCGGACAGCAGCACCGGGCUCACCCCGCUGCACGACGCGGCCAGGACGGGCUUCCUGGACACUGUGCGGCUGCUGGUGGAGUUUAAUGCGAACCCACAGGCUGUGGACAACGCGAACUGUCGGCCUGUGGAUUUGGCUCGAAAAUAUGGUAACGAAGAUGUGGUGAAUUUUCUGGAUUCUCUUGAAAACAGUCAGUGACGCUUUUACAGGCCCAUGAAAUCCUUUGCUGCUUCUGUCGACUCAGGACUCAGAGAACCGGGGCCUGUAUGUAUGAGGCCUGUGGACGCUUUUCUUAACAGAUUGUCUGGCUUUUAAAUGUCGUUGUAUUUAUUUUUCCUGAAUCGAAAUUGGACAUUUUACUUUAUUGGAAACGAAAUCGGGGCGUAAAAGCGCACGGUCGCUGCUGGGACAGAUCUGGUGGGUUUUCCUUUCACUGUAAGAUAAAAGAAAAAGAAAAAAAAGCUUGCUUGUACUUCUUACUGUUAAAGCUGUAUAGAGUGAGUUUGUAAGGAAAGCUGUUUCAGUUUCCUACUGUGAUUUUAUUUGAUAAAACGAAACAGCUUUAAAAUAUUUUGCACUUUUGAACACUGAUGUCCAGUGGUGGCACUUUUCUCUCAGUGUUGUCUGUUAAUCUCCAGGAGCUUCAAGACUCAUGUCCUGUUAGAACGAAUCAAUCUGAGAUAAAACAUAAUUUAUUAAAUUUAAAAUAAUUUUUUAAAGUAUGGUUGUGCUUAAAAUGGACAACUGCCUAAAAUAUUGAUUAGGCGACAUAUUGGUACAAGAAAAUAAAUAAAAAAGUUGUAUAACUGUG